AAACCACUCACCAUGAUCGCUCUUUUACUUCGUCGUAUUCUUGGAAGAAGAAGAAGACGUCAGCAACAAAAUCAGAAUUUUUCCGUAAAUUCUCAAUCUUAUCCUGUAUAUACAACAGGGCCUCAUCCACAACCUGGAUUCAGUGAGCCACCUCCGCCGUAUAAUGCACAAAAUCCGAUCCCACAGCAAGUAUAUUAUCCCCCGCCUCAACAAAAUUGUGGAAGAAGGCGACGCCGAUGCGGUCGGUUUUGAGUUUCCAGUCGAAUCAUUUAAGUUUCUCGAAUAAUUCAAAUUAUUUGAUAUGUUUUAUUCUUAUAAAUAUUUAUUCUAAGGAAAUAUUUUUCAUAAUUUUUUUUAAUCUGAAAAUACACUUU